AUGGAAGUCAUGAAACCGGCUUACAUCUCUUCAGAUGAGAAUGGCCAGGAUGGGUUCAUAACUCAUCAACCAUCCUGGCAGUCCAGUAAAUUUAAGGAUUUUAAGUUCAAACUUGACAAUGCCUACAAAAAUGUUUGUGCCAAGGCCAGUUUAAGGCUUUUGCAGAAAAGGACAAUUGGCAAUCAAAGCCAAAAGGUUGUGACUCAGUUGGCUGAAAAUUGCCAGUGGAUUAUCCUAGAUCUGGAGCCACAGAAAACAGGGACACCCACUGAUCACCAAACACCAACCGUAGUUACAUAUGAAACAGAAACAUGGACACCAACUGAUCAACAAACACCAACAGUAGUUACUGAUGAAACAGGAACAGAGACACCCACUGAUCAACAAACACCAACCGUAGUCGCUGAUGAAACAGAAACAGGGACACCCACUGUUAAACAAACACCAAACGUAGUUAAAGAUGAAACAGAAACAGAGACACCCACUGAUCAACAAACACCAACCGUAGUUACAUAUGAAACAGAAACAGGGACACCAACUGAUCAACAAACACCAACCGUAGUUACUGAUGAAACAGAAACAGAGACACCCACUGAUCAACAAACACCAACCGUAGUCGCUGAUGAAACAGAAACACUCACUGAUGAAACAGAAACAGGGACACCAACUGAUCAACAAACACCAACCGUAUUCACUGAUGAAACAGAAACAGGGACACCCACUGAUAAAAAAACAGCCACCGUAGUUACUUAUGAAACAGAAACAGGGACACCCAAUGAUCAACACACACCAACCGUAGUUACUUAUGAAACAGAAACAGAAACACAAACUGAUCAACAAACACCCACCGUAGUUACUUAUGAAACAGAAACAGGGACACCCACUGAUCAACAAACACCAACCGUAGUCACUGAUGAAAAAGAAACAGAGACACACACUGAUCAACAAACAACCACCGUAGUUACUUAUGAAACAGAAACAGGGACACCCACUGAUCAACAAACACCAACCAUAGUUACUGAUGAAACAGAAACAGAGACACCCACUGAUCAACAAACACCAACCGUAGUCGCUGAUGAAACAGAAACAGAGAAACCCACUGAUCAAGAGAUAAUGAAUACAAGAAUGUUUAUGUUAAAAUUAAUGGUUCGAGACGUUAACUAA